AUGUGGGAGAAAAUGGAGACCAAGACGAUCGUGUACGACUUGGACACGUCGGGGGGGCUGAUGGAGCAAAUCCAAGCUCUGCUGGCUCCCCCCAAGACGGACGAGGCAGAAAAGCGGAGUCGGAAGCCUGAAAAAGAGCCCCGGAGAAGCGGCAGGGCCACCAACCACGACAGCUGCGAUAGCUGCAAAGAAGGUGGGGAUCUCCUGUGCUGUGACCACUGCCCGGCCGCCUUCCACCUCCAGUGCUGUAAUCCUCCACUGAGUGAAGAGAUGUUGCCUCCUGGGGAGUGGAUGUGUCACCGGUGCACUGUUCGCCGAAAGAAACGAGAGCAGAAAAAGGAGCUGGGCCACGUCAAUGGACUGGUGGACAAAUCCGGCAAACGGACUACAUCUCCCAGCAGUGAUACCGACUUGUUGGACAGAUCAGCCAGCAAAACUGAACUCAAGGCCAUUGCCCACGCCCGGAUCCUGGAGAGGAGAGCCAGCCGGCCUGGCACGCCCACAUCCAACGCCAGCACAGAGACCCCCACCUCUGAGCAGAAUGACGUCGACGAGGACAUCAUUGACGUGGACGAGGAGCCAGUGGCAGCUGAGCCGGACUAUGUGCAGCCCCAGCUAAGGCGGCCCUUUGAGCUGCUGAUCGCUGCCGCCAUGGAGCGGAACCCCACCCAAUUUCAGUUGCCCAAUGAACUGACUUGUACCACUGCACUUCCAGGUUCUAGCAAGAGGAGAAGAAAGGAGGAAACCACGGGAAAAAAUGUUAAGAAGACACAGCAUGAGUUAGAUCACAAUGGUCUUGUUCCCUUACCAGUCAAAGUAUGCUUCACAUGUAACAGGAGCUGCCGUGUGGCCCCUCUCAUCCAGUGUGACUAUUGCCCCCUCCUGUUCCACAUGGACUGCCUCGAGCCACCGCUCACUGCCAUGCCCCUGGGCAGAUGGAUGUGUCCGAAUCACAUCGAACAUGUGGUGCUGAACCAGAAGAAUAUGACGCUGAGCAAUCGGUGCCAGGUGUUUGACCGUUUCCAGGACACCAUUUCGCAGCAUGUGGUCAAAGUGGACUUCCUGAACCGAAUCCACAAGAAGCACCCUCCUAACCGCCGAGUGCUCCAGUCAGUCAAAAGAAGAAGCUUGAAGGUUCCCGAUGCUAUAAAAUCUCAGUACCAGUUUCCACCCCCUCUCAUUGCACCCGCGGCCAUUCGGGAUGGGGAGCUGAUCUGCAACGGGAUCCCCGAGGAAUCACAGACGCACCUUUUGAACUCUGAGCACUUAGCCACCCAGGCAGAGCAGCAAGAGUGGCUCUGUAGUGUUGUUGCGCUCCAGUGCAGCAUAUUGAAACAUUUAUCUGCUAAGCAGAUGCCUUCGCAUUGGGACUCUGAACAGACAGAGAAGGCUGAUAUUAAGCCUGUUAUUGUGACUGACAGCUCAAUCACCACCUCCCUGCAAACAGCUGACAAGGCACCUACACCUUCCCACUGCCCCUUAUCCUGCCCCUCAGGGAUUAGCUCCCAGAACUCCCUGAGCUGCUCUCCACCCCACCAGCCCCCAGCCCUAGAGGACAUCAGCUGCAGUUCCUGUGCGGAAAAAUCCAAGAAAGCCCCCUGCGGGACUGCCAACGGGCCAGUGAGCACAGAGGUGAAAGCCAAUGGCCCACACCUCUACAGCAACCCCACCGAUUCCACGGACCCCCGGCGACUUCCAGGCGCCAACACCCCCUUACCAGGCCUCUCCCACCGGCAAGGCUGGCCCCGGCCCCUCACGCCACCAGCGGCUGGGGGGCUUCAGAACCACACCGUCGGCAUCAUUGUGAAGACAGAGAAUGCCACUGGCCCCAGCUCUUGCCCCCAGAGGAGUUUGGUUCCUGUCCCAAGCCUGCCCCCUUCCAUUCCCAGCUCUUGUGCCAGCAUCGAGAACACCAGCACUUUGCAAAGAAAGACUGUCCAAUCACAGAUAGGACCUCCGUUGACAGAUUCAAGGCCACUGGGCUCACCCCCAAAUGCCACCCGGGUGCUCACUCCCCCCCAAGCAGCAGGAGAUGGUAUCUUGGCCACAGGAGCCAACCAACGAUUCUGCUCACCAGCGCCAUCAUCAGAUGGCAAGGUCAGCCCCGGCACGUUAUCCAUAGGAAGCGCUUUAACCGUACCCUCUUUCCCAGCCAACUCUACUGCCAUGGUGGACCUCACCAACUCAUUGCGAGCAUUUAUGGAUGUCAAUGGAGAAAUCGAGAUAAAUAUGCUGGACGAGAAGCUGAUCAAGUUUCUGGCCUUGCAGAGAAUACAUCAGCUUUUCCCCUCCCGGGUCCAAGCUUCACCGGGCAGUGUCGGGGCACAUCCGCUGGCUUCUGGAGGGCACCACACAGAAGUGCAAAGAAAGGAAGUACAGGCCCGAGCUGUGUUCUACCCUCUCUUGGGUUUGGGAGGAGCUGUGAACAUGUGCUAUCGAACCCUCUACAUCGGGACAGGAGCUGACAUGGACGUGUGCCUUACAAACUAUGGUCACUGUAACUACGUGUCUGGGAAACACGCCUGCAUAUUCUAUGAUGAGAAUACCAAACAUUAUGAGCUGUUAAACUACAGUGAGCACGGGACAACGGUGGACAAUGUGCUGUAUUCAUGUGACUUCUCUGAGAAGACCCCGCCAACCCCCCCAAGCAGUAUUGUUGCCAAAGUGCAGAGUGUCAUCAGGCGCCGCCGGCACCAGAAACAGGAUGAAGAGCCAAGUGAGGAGGCAGCCAUGAUGAGCUCCCAGGCCCAGGGGCCACAGCGGAGACCCUGCAACUGCAAAGCCAGCAGCUCGAGCUUGAUUGGGGGCAGUGGGGCCGGCUGGGAGGGCACGGCCUUACUGCACCACGGCAGCUACAUCAAGCUGGGGUGCCUGCAGUUUGUGUUCAGCAUCACUGAGUUUGCGACCAAACAGCCCAAAGGCGAUGCUGGCCUGCUGCAGGAUGGGGUCUUAGCCGAGAAGCUGUCUCUCAAGCCCCACCAGGGCCCCGUGCUGCGUUCCAACUCCGUUCCCUAG